AUGGGCAUCCUCAGGGACAUCGGUCCAGACGCAGACGCUGGCACCCACCCAGAACCCAUCAUAGCAGAGAGCAUCACACAGCCACCCGUCACCCUGCCCCCCGAAGACGCUCCCAUCGACAUACGCAUCGACGACAAUGGCACGCUACCGCCAGACGACGCCCCGGUCCACCUCCCCGCAUACUCCCCACACACCGCCCUGGGCGCUCCCAUCGCAGACAGGCCACCCAUCGAGCGCAAACUCACCCCCGUCGGCAGCUACCCAAUCCACCUCCCCGGAGCACUCUGGGAAUCCGGCAUCAUGCUCAACCCAAACCUCUCCCUCCUCGACGUAUGGGUAGAGCAGGACCCCCAGCCCGACGACGCCCCACCCGCACCACCUACCUCGUCCUCCCCCGUCGUCGCUGCCGCAGGAUCGUCCACCUCCGAGGCCGCUGCAGCAGCUCCGCCCCCCAUCGCACCGGCACCCCCGGUCGACGACUUCUUUGCUGCCAAACCGCACCCCGACGCCAUGUUCGUCCCCGAGACCCUCGAAUGGCGCCUCGUCGUCGAAGAGGCCAAACUCAGCAAGAGACCCAAUCCGGACGACUCGAUCUUCACUAUCGAUGCCCUCUUCGAGGCCUGCAACCUUCGUCCGCGCUCCGUCCGCGUCUAUGAAACCGUGCCUACCACGCUGCCGGCCGCCGUGCAGCUCUACCCCGUCCGCAGUGGUGGCGGCUCGAACGCCGGCGCUGUCGGCGGCGAAGUCGUAGUGGAAGAUUUUAACAGCCACAAGUGCUGGAUCACCGGCCACCGCCUGCUGUCGAGCCCGCCAGACACCAUCACCACCGUCAUCGACCGCCGCAUCCUCAUCCGCUUCCGCGAAAACCGUCGGAGCGAGCCCGCCGUCGGCAUGUCACCCCAGGAGACGUUCGUCCGCGCGCUGCGCGUCCUGGUCCGUGUCGUCGGCAAUGCGGCCCACGGCGACACGCGCUCCAUCGUCACCCAUGGCGCCACCAUGCGCCAGAAGCUGAUCUACGACGACAUAGUCCGCGACAUCUUCGAGCAGCUGGGCUGGACCACCGCCGUCAUCCCGACCGACGGGCGCGAGACGGUGAGGCCGACCGGGCCCGCUGACGGACCCGAGGCGUCGAGGAGGCUGCUACGCGCAUGGAUGGAGCUGCAACUCUGGCUUGCGUACGAGACCGAGCUGCUCAAGGCAGAGAACCCAGCAUCGUCGAUUCUCUCCCAGCCCAACCCAGCAGGCGCCAUCAUCACCAGCGUCAUGACCAGAGACGCCAAGCUGCGGCUCAAGGAGCUGAUCGACUAUCGCAGCGACCAAGUCGACCCGCGCUACAGCCAAGCCUCACCUGCCACUCGACAGGCCUGCGACUUCCUCGGUCUUUCAGUCAGUAGCCGCGACGAGCUGGUCAAGUUUGCCUACCUGAUCAAGCUCGAGACCGAUGCGAAUCAGGCAGAGCUCCUGCUCACCUGCGUCGAGGCCAUCCAGACCGGCCAGAGGCAGGAUUCUCAGGUGCUCGGGGAGCUGCUCGCAUACGAAAAGAGCCGCGGCCGCUUCACCACGCAUGACCUCGACAAGGCCUACGGCCAACUGCAGCUGAGCGAGAGGGACCUCGGCGGCGCCGUCAGCAGAAACAAGAUCCCGCACGACUUCAUCCUCGACUCGUACCGCGCUCGUCUGCGCGACGCGGCGGCUCGUGGCGACGCGUCCGACUACCACGGCGCCAAGGAGGCGCUCAAGGUCAUCUCCCAAUCUCUGGGCAGCCCGGACAUGCUAGCCCACGCGUGCAACGCCAUGUUCGAGAUGGAGCUCGACCAGGCCUCGACGCUCCUCGAGGUCGGCCAGGACUUUGACGACGUCACGGUGCUCGCCAUCUACGAUAUCCGUGUGGGCGAUGCCCCAGGCAAGACCGAGAUGCUCCGCGACGCCCUCUUCAGCAUCGCCGAGAGCCGCAAGAGCGAGUACCUGCGCUCCUUCCUCAGGACGGGCAAGAAGCCCGAGGAGACUCAGGCACACGACGCCUGGCAGCAGAUGCCCUCGGCCGACCGUCCCGCCGGCAUCAACAACAUUGGCAACACGUGUUACCUCAACUCGGUGCUGCAAUACUUUUUCACCAUCCGCGAGAUCCGCGAGCGUGUCUUUCAGCUGGCCGCCGCGACGUCCGGUACAGGCCAGCAACAUGGGCACGAUCCGGCUGCGGCGCUCGAUUCCGUCAGCCGCAGUCGUAGAGUCGGUGGCCGCAAGGUGUCGGCGAGGGAGGUCGAACGGUCGAUGCGGUUCGUGACGCACCUAGCGGAGCUGUUCCACCAGCUGAUCCAUACGCCCGACCUGGCCGUCACACCGAAGCGUGAGCUGGCCUACCUCGCAUUAGUCUCCUCGAGGGUCGAAGAGGACGAGGCGGUCGCGGGCGGGGCCGCAGCCACGCCAAAAGUUGGUCCGAGCCAGACAAUCUUAUCCGAGGAGCCGACGUCCAUCUCGCCCGUCCAGGAGAAGUCGCUGCUGCCAGAGCCUUCGGAAGGCGAAGGCGCCACAGCAGCGUCUGUCGACCAGGCAGAGUCAAUGGACCAGUCCGAGACUCAGAUCACCGCACCACCGACCGGCACUGGCCCAGUCGAUGGGGAUCCGGCAGGCGAGGCAAAUGCGGCGGAUGCUGCCGACGUCCCCUUGCCGCCGAGCCGAUCGGUGACAAUGGAUGUCUCGUCCAGUCCACCGGCCGCGGACCCCGCAAGUAUCGCCCUUCCGCCGAGCAGGGCCGCCACGGUCGCGGUGCCGCCCCCGCUUCCGCGCCGCCCAAAGCGCGCGGACACUCCCGCCGCACCGAUGAUUGCCAGCAGCAGCGAUGCUGCGGUACCCCCGCCCGCUCGCCAGAACUCGCUGAUGCAAUUCGGCGCCCAGCAAGACGUCAGCGAGUGCCUGGACAACUGUCUCUUCCAGCUCGAGAUCGCCCUGGCUGCCCAGAACAACGCCGUCGAUGAGUCGCAAGGCGGCGCCGAGCUUCCGGCCGACACGGGCCGCAUGGACGUGGACGACAACUCGGCGCCCCUAUUCGAAGAGGCUUCGGCGGACGAGGAUCUUCUGUCGAAGCUGUUCCUCGGCAAGACGUGCCAGCAGCUGGAGCUGGUCGAGCCGGAUGCUGCCAAGGGGCCGAGCAUCCACACCAAAAAGGAGGUCUUCAAGAUCCUGCCCGUCGACGUGCUCGAGGAAGGCCGGGACCUGUACGACGGACUCGACGGCUUCUUUGACGAAGAGACGCUGAUCGGCUCCGAGGGCAAGCCGGUGAGGCGCACAGUGACUCUGCUGGAACCGCCGCCGCUGCUGCAGAUCCAGCUGCAGCGGGUGCAGUACGACCGACAGACGAUGCGGGCGUUCAAGUCGCAGGCGCACCUCGAAAUGUACGAGACGCUCUACAUGGACCGCUAUCUCGAUUUCGAUCCGGCCGACCCCGAGGAUCAGGUGCGACUCGACAAGCGCAGGAGGUCGCGAGAGGCCCGGCGCAAGAUUGCCGCGCUCCGGGCGAGGAUGGCGGAGCUGCGGCCCAACGGCAAGCCGGCGAUGUCGCAGAGCCUCCUCAACACGGAGCAGGUGCUCAAGGAUCUGGCGCAGAUUGCCCCCCUCGAGGAUGGUGCCGGUGCUGGCUCAUCGCAGAUGGACACCAGCAGCGCCAGCGGCGGCGGCACGCCCGACAUCCGCGGCGCCACCGACGCAGCCGACCAAGACGCAACGACGACGCCGGCGCCGCCGAGUGAGCCGCUCUCGUCGCUCAUCACGCCGGACCUCCUGAGCUUCCUGCACGCCGAGUCGGACUCGGUCGUGUCUGAGAUUUCGUCGAGCGAGCGGGCAAUUUCGGCGCUCAAGGAGGAGAUGACGUCGAUCUGGACCGACGAGAAGCGCGCCGAGUACAGCCUGGCGGCGGUAUUUAUGCACCGCGGCGAGGCAUCGCACGGCCACUACUUCCUCAACCAACGCUGCCUCUCGUCGUCGUCGUCGUCGGCGGCGGCGGCGGCGGCGGCGGGGCAGCAGCAGCAAGGAGGGGAGGGGAAGUGGUUCAAGUACAACGACAAUGUCGUCUCGGUGGCCGAGGCGAAGGACGUACUGAGGGACACGACGGGGGCUACGCCCUACCUCGUCACCUACGUACGUCGGGAUCUGCAGGACCGACUGGGGCUGGUCGAUACGGUUCGGAGAGUGCUUGAUGAGCCGUCGGUCGUGGUGGAUCGAGACGAGGUCGAAGUCGGUGCCAGCGCCGGUGGUGGAGGAGGGGGGGGGAGUGAGAGGAAGAAGGCGAGAUUUUCGCCCCCCUCGGACGGCGGGGAGGGGAUGCAGCUCGAUAGUCUCAUCGAUCCCUCGCUCGACUCGUCGGCGUCGGCGUCGGCGUCGGCGUCGGCGGCGGUGGCGGUGGCGGCGCAGGAAGAGGGCCGACCACCCUCGACUGGGACUGGGAUGGACGUAUCCUGA